AGUAGCCGCGCACGGUGCGCGUGAGAGACACGGAGCAAAGCUUUCUCGCCCGGGCAUCUCCAGGUUUCGGGGCUGGGAGCGCCGCUCGCAUCCAGCAUCUCUUACCAUAGGCACUGUCAACUUCAGCACGGCGUCGUGAGAGACAGACACCAGCCACCCGCGACGGGAGACACUAACCCCGGGAGAACAUGCUAGCGUACUUUGUGACGCGCAGUUAAACAGCAGAAGGUACUGAAUGAAGAGCGCGCGCACAUCCGAGCGACGGAGCAAAACAAGGACGAGCGCAGAGGCUUCGGGAGCACUUCAUGAGGAACACCUGGCUAUACUCAAAAGGUCUCAUUAGACUGUGAUGAGCAUCAUCAUCUUCCACAGACUCAAGUAAGCGUUUAUUUAUUGGAUGGAGUGGGACAAACGCAGGAAAUGAAAAUAAAGGAGAAGAAAAGAGUGAUGCUUGGCAUUAUAUUGAGCAACAGUGCCACAUUGGCUCUGAAAGGAAGUGAUGUCGCGUCACCACCACCGGUUCGAGAGGGACUACCGGGGCGCGUGGGAGCGUCGCGAACGGCCUGCACCCCUCCACAACGGAGUGACCAGUAACACCUGCACCCCCACUGGCCCUACACUUGCUAAUGGAAACAACCGGCCUGGUCUCCUUCCUCUUCCUGUUAUCCCCUCCCUCCUGCCCACUCCGGUCACCAUUGCCGUGACGACGAGCAGUAACGAGCUGGCUGCCAAACGUGCAGGGGCCCCGGUUUCAGCUCCCACAGUGAAGCCUGCAGGCCUUUCUCCUGGUGAGAAUCAGACUCCUGCACUGCUCCUGGCUCCGGGGUUGAGGUGGGGCCAAACACCCAUCAACCAGUCCACGCCAUGGGACACGGACGAGCCUCCAGUCAAACAGCACAGAGAGAACGACACGGCAGGUCCUCCAUGGGUGCCUCCAGUGGUUGCAGUGAGUCAGCCGAGUCUCUUAGCUCACUCAUACGCGCUGCCUCAGCCUCCUGCAUACAGCCAGGGAGCUUCUGUCCAGUCACCUGUCAUUGGCGUAACCCCUGCCAUCCAGACCCCGAUUCCUCCUCACCACCCGCUCAUGACCGCACACUUCCAAGUUCCUCCGCACUCAUCCCAGCCGCCGGGCAGCCUGGUGCUCAGCCUGCAGAACCAGUCACCUUACAGCACCAACCAGCCGCCCAUCACGCCCUCACCCAUGCCGGCCGGAGGACACAGCGUGGUGGGCAACGGGCACCUGACUCACCCGCUCAUGCAGCUGCCCGCCCUGCCUUCCUCUGCACUGCCACUGACCAACGGGCAGCUUUCACCCGUCUCAGCUAAUCAGGACGGCCCGAACGGGCUGCAGAUGCUACGUACGGUGGGCAUGGGGAAGUACGAGUUCACAGAUCCUGGGCAUCCUAAAGAGAUGUUGAAGGAGCUGAACCAGCAACGCAGAGAGAAAGAAUUUACAGACCUGAAAAUUGUAGUUGAAGGCAAAGAGUUUGAAGUCCACCAAAAUGUUCUAGCUUCCUGCAGCUUGUAUUUCAAGGACCUGGUGAAAAGGUCCCUCGGGGAGACGGGUAGUGGAGAGAAGCUGGAGCUGCAGAUGACCAACAUCAGUGCCGACGUGCUGGACAUGCUCCUGGAGUUUGUGUAUACCGGAUCACUCGUCAUCGACUCAGCCAAUGCCAAAACCCUGCUGGAGGCCGCCAACAAAUUCCAGUUCAACACAUUUUGCAAAGUCUGCGUGUCUUUCUUAGAGAAGCAGCUGACAGCAGGGAACUGCCUGGGGGUCCUGGCCAUGGCUGAGGCGAUGUGCUGCACGGAGCUACACAACAUGGCCAAGGCAUUUGCCCUACAGAACUUCCCAGAUGUGGCUAGCCAGGACGAGAUCCUCAGCAUCUCUAAAGAAGACCUGGUCAGCUACCUGUCCAACGACAGUCUCAACACCAAGGCUGAGGAGCUCGUCUACGAGACUGUCAUCAAAUGGAUCAAGAGGGACCCAACCAACCGAGUACAGCACAUAUCAGAGUUGCUGGCAGUAGUGCGACUACCGUUUAUCCACCCGAGCUACCUGCUAAACGUGGUGGACAACGAGGAGCUGAUCAAGUCGUCCGAGGCCUGCCGAGACCUAGUGAACGAGGCUAAGCGCUACCACAUGCUCCCUCAUGCACGCCAGGAGAUGCAGACACCCCGCACCCGGCCAAGACUGUCUGCAGGGGUCGCAGAGGUGAUAGUGCUGGUCGGGGGGCGGCAGGCCAUCGGCAUGAGCCAGCGCUCUCUCACCGCAGUCACCUGCUUCAACCCACAGAACAGCAAGUGGUAUCCGCUCGCUAGCCUGCCUUUCUACGACCGCGAGUUCUUCAGUGUCAUCUCAGCAGGGGACAACAUUUAUCUGUCAGGUGGAACGGAGUCCGGGGUGACGGUGGCAGAUGUGUGGUGCUACAUGUCACUACUGGACAACUGGAACCUGGUGUCACGCAUGACUGUGGCACGAUGCAGACACAACAGCCUGGUGUACGACGGGAAGCUCUACACUCUCGGAGGACUCGGUAUGGCUGGGAACCUGGAUCAUGUAGAAAGGUAUGACACCAUCACUAACCAGUGGGAGACGGUGGCUCCACUGCCCAAACCAGUGCAUUCAGCAGCAGCUACAGUUUGCGGAGGAAAGAUCUACGUGUUCGGAGGGGUGAACGAGGCCGGGAGGUCAGCCGGGGUCUUACAGUCCUACGUACCCCAAACCAACACCUGGAGCUUCAUCGAGUCCCCGAUGAUUGAUAACAAGUACGCCCCUGCUGUGAGCCUCAACGGCUUCAUCUUCAUCCUCGGAGGAGCGUACGCCAGAGCUACCACCAUCUACGACCCGGACAAGGGUAACAUCAAAGCUGGACCCAACAUGAACCAUUCCAGGCAAUUCUGCAGUGCUGUCGUCCUGGACGGGAAAAUAUACACCACAGGAGGCAUCGUGAGCAGCGAGGGACCAGCGCUAGGCAACAUGGAGACCUUUGACCCUUGCACUAACACAUGGACUCUUCUGCAGAACCUGCCAUGCCCGCUCUUCAGACAUGGCUGUGUUGUGAUCAAGAAGUACAUCCAGAGCGGCUGACAACUAGCGGACACGAACGCACACACAUGCACACACACACACACACACACACACACUCCUCAAUGCACUGCAGGGAUCCAAGUCAAAGCACUACUCCCCAAACUCCAGCGGCUUCCUCCUGGGUGGAACGGAGUGGAGCUCCACUGCUCGACAAGUCCACAGUCUGGAAGGGGAAGUGUAGAGUAGCGAACCCUCCUUCACGGCUCCUGUGCCAUAUGAAUAAUAAGCAAGCAUUUUGACUAACUCCAAAAAACUUGUUUACUUUGACAGACAUUUGUAGUUGAUAUAUA